AUGACGUUUUCAAUUGAUGCCCUUCGCGUAGAACUAUAUCGUCGACGUGAAGAGUUUGGACCUCUUCCAAAAACAGGUAAGAGCUAUGAUAUAGCAAUAGUAGAACAUAAUUGGUACAAAUCGUUAAUUCGUUUCAUCAAAAAUUCCAAUGUUCCUAUUCCUGGUCCAAUUACUAACUACGAAUUACUAUCAGGGAACACAUUAAAACCAAAUAUUGUCUAUAAAGUCGAUUAUAACGCAAUUCCUGUUGAAACCUUCAGAUACUUAAUUUCCAUCUUUAAAGGAGGUCCUGAAAUCAUUAGGAAAUACUCCAUUCAUCCGAGAACUCUCGAUAGUUGUAUAAUUUUAGAGCCAAUAAUUUUACGUAUCCAGCCUGAAAGCCAUGCAUGUGUUACAAAAACAGUUGAUCCUGAUUGGAUUUUCGCUGAUCUAAAGCCUCAUUUAUGCAAGAGUUUAUUAGUAAAUCCACAAGAUUUCAUUUUCGCAAAUAAAUUACGAGAAAAGAUAGAUGAAAAUGAGAAAAUUGGUGAUUACGUAAGAAACCAUGGUAAUCUGGUUCGUUUAACAAAGCAUUUACGAAAUGCUCACUCAUCUUUGUUAGCAACGCUACCAUUAAACUUCAAACCAAAGGCGAAUCAAAAUCUUACUUUCGUAUGUUCGACAUUACCAAUUCACACAUUUACUCCUAUGCCAAUUGGUCUGCUAAAUCUAGGAAACACUUGCUUUUUAAACUCAGCCAUACAAUGUAUUGCACAUCUUAGACCAUUGUACAACUAUAUUUUAUCACCUACUUUCGAUUUGGCUGUUGCAAAUAACCAAGGCAAGAAAAACAACUGUGGCAUAGCCAUGGAGUUCAAAAACCUACUUAACAUGAUGGCUAAAGAAGAUACUCCUGUUAAUCCACGUGAUUUCAGAAACGUUAUAAUUUCAAAACACAAAUCUUUAGCAAAUUUCGCAGAACACGAUGCGCAGGAAGCAUUAAGUGCGAUUCUAAUAGGCAUCCAUGAGGAUAUUUCUAUCGAUAAUAAGUCAAUUAUAUCAGAUCUUUUCUUUGGCCAAACAAAGACGGUUAUUAAGUGUUCAAACUGUGGUUAUUACGAAGAUUUAAAGGAAGAUUUUAUGAUUUUGCCACUCCCUCUCCAGGGAAACUCUUUAGACGAGAUAUUUGAAUCAUAUUGCAAGCCAGAAACACUAGACAAAGAAAAUAUGUGGUUCUGCAGUUCAUGCAAGUCGAGAGUUCAAGCUGUUCGUCAAACUUUCAUUGAAAAACUGCCACCAAUUUUAAUAAUCCAAUUAUCUCGUUUCGAAUCCAAUGAAAGGAAGAAUAAUAAGAUCAUUAAUUAUCCACCAAACCUAGAUUUAUCAAGACUCUUCCGAGGAGCCUCUCCGAUGCAUCUUGUUUCAACAAUUUAUCAUGAUGGAACUUUGGAUUAUGGCCAUUACAUUUCUGUUACGCUUGAUCAAGAGCAGAACAAAUGGUACUUGUUUAAUGAUAUGAAAGCAUCUCCUGCACGUCCUGGUGAUGCUUUUGGACCAAAUGCUUAUAUUCUUUUUUACCAAAUAUAG